GUUGUCGUCCCCGGAUGUUUUCGCUAGGUUUGGGCGGCCUGUCGCUCACUCAUAUGGUUGUAUGCCAUAUAUGGAGUUGGGAAGAGAAUGCUUUUCGGAUCGGAAAUAGAAUGGCGUGCCGAUGUGACAAGAGCACAUCGAGACAUGUUUACGACGGUCUUCGAACAUCAUAUUAAUUUCGAUGACUACAAUGACCCCAAGCAAGGAGUCAGGCGUUCUGACCGACCUCUUUCGACGGAUUAGUGCUCACUCUCCAACAACUGAGAACAUUUAUCUAGAAAGAGUUUUGUACGAUCAAGUGGAGUCGGUAGCCACAGAGGUUCCAGAUACCUCAUAUGAGGAUAUCACGCUUCCUGGCGAGCAUCAUCGCCCCGCCAAAUGGAUCAUGCCAUUGUCUGCCUCUUCGAAGCACGCCAUUCUCUUCAUGCACGGCGGAGGCUAUACCUUUGGAUCCCUCACAAGUCAUCGCAAGCUCGCCGCUCACCUGGCUAAAGCAUGCAACACCUGGGCGCUCAUGGUCGACUACCGACUCGCACCGGAGUCGCCCUUUCCGGCAGCUAUUGAUGAUUGCGUCAAUGCUUACAGAUGGCUGCUGGAUCAAGGCUUCGAGGGUAAGCAUAUCGUCACAGCAGGUGAUUCCUGUGGCGGCGGCUUGGCGACUAGUGUGCCGUUGAAGAUCGCACGGGAUGGACUUCCAGCGCCAGGGGCUGCUGUAUCGCUGUCGCCGUGGUACGAUACCGUCGGUCAAACCAGCGAGAGCCUCAAGACCAAUGCCGACAAUGAUGUGUUGAACACCGUUGAGAAUAUGGCUAAGCUCCGUGAGCGGUACACAAAGAAUGGCGCCGAUCCCAAUGACCCCUUAAUCAGCGCGCUAUAUGCGGCCGACAAUGAGCUAAGCGGAUUGCCACCGCACUGGAUAAGUGCAGCAGGAUAUGACAUGUUACGCUCGGAUUCGACGCGUAUGGCGAACAAGUUGAAGCAAGCUGGCGUCGAGGUUAUUCUCAAAGUCCAUGAUGCUCAACAACACGUCUUCGAGUUCAUGGCAGGUCGCGCCCCGGAAGCGGAUCAGUCGAUUGAUGAAAUCGGUAAGUGGGUCCGAGGAAAGAUUGGCAGCUGAGGCGGUAUCGGUGUACUAUAUUGCAAUGUCCAUCAGUUGAGCCGCGGUAAAGGACACUGAGU